GAGGGAGGGGGACGUCAUACAACGACACAGCCAAUCAGAGACAACCCUGUUGGAUUUAUGCCAAGGUUUUUUAGGCUUGUAAGACUUUAGUAGAAGUGGCAAAAGCCAGCAGUUUAAAAAAUAAUAAUCCAAAAUGCCCUAUACACCGUCCGGCUUCUUCUGUGACCGGCUGAUCCGGGAGAGAGAGAGAAGAGAUGGAGAGGGAUCCCUCAGCAAACCCCUGCGCUUCAGCGGACAGGACUUUAACGCGCUGAAACAAGAGUGCCUCACCAAGAAGUGCCUGUUUGAGGAUGCCACCUUCCCAGCCUCCGUGGAGUCUCUGGGGUACAAGGAGCUGGGACACAAGUCCAACAAGGUCAAGAACAUCGUCUGGAAGAGACCCAAGGAGAUCUGUGAGAACCCUCAGUUCAUUGUGGGCGGAGCCAGCAGGACAGACAUUUGCCAGGGAGAUCUUGGUGACUGCUGGCUGCUGGCUGCUAUAGCCUGUCUGACUCUGAAUGAGAAGCUGCUCUACCGGGUCGUUCCUCAGGAACAGAGCUUCUCUGAGGGAUAUGGAGGAAUCUUCCACUUCCAGUUCUGGCGCUAUGGCGACUGGGUUGACGUUGUUAUUGACGACCGCAUCCCCACCUUCAACAGCCAGCUGGUGUUCACCAAGUCUGCCGAGAGAAAUGAAUUCUGGAGUGCCCUGCUGGAGAAGGCCUACGCCAAGCUUCACGGUUCCUACGAGGCCCUGAAGGGCGGUAACACCACGGAGGCCAUGGAAGACUUCACCGGGGGCGUGACAGAGUUCUAUGAGAUGAAGGAGGCGCCCAAGGAGUUGUACAAGAUCAUGAAGAAGGCCCUGGAGAGAGGCUCUAUGAUGGGCUGCUCUAUCGACUCCCUGGUUCCUGCUCGUUUUGAGACCCGCACUGUGACUGGCCUUGUGAAGGGCCACGCCUACUCUGUGACUGCUGUUGAGGAGUGUAAGCAGUCCCAGCACAAGGAGCCUAAGGUGCGUCUGGUGCGCCUCAGGAACCCCUGGGGACAGGUGGAGUGGAAUGGGCCCUGGAGUGACAACUCUAAGGAGUGGGUGUCUCUGUCUAAGGGAGAGAAGGACAAGCUUCAGCAUCAAAGUGCUGAGGACGGGGAGUUCUGGAUGGCCUUUGAGGACUUCAAGAAGAACUACACUAAGAUUGAGAUCUGCAACCUGACCCCUGAUGCCCUGGAGGAUGAUAAGAUCCACAAGUGGACGGUGUCUGUGAACGAGGGUCGCUGGGUCAGAGGCUGCUCCGCCGGAGGCUGUAGAAACUACCCAGAUACUUUCUGGACCAACCCUCAGUACCGCCUGCGUCUCUUGGAGGAGGAUGAUGACCCAGAGGACAACGAGGUGGCGUGUUCCUUCGUGAUCGCUCUGAUGCAGAAGAACAGACGGAAAGAGAGGAAGAUGGGAGCCAAUCUCUUCACCAUCGGAUUUGCCAUCUACGAGGUGCCGAAGGAGAUGCACGGAAACAAGCAGCACAUGCAGAAGGACUUCUUCCUGUUCAACUCAUCCAAGGCUCGCUGCAAGUCCUACAUCAACCUGAGGGAGGUGACCCAGCGCUUCCGUCUGAGCCCCGGGGAGUAUGUGAUCAUCCCGUCUACCUACGAGCCUCACCAGGAGGGAGAGUUCAUCCUCAGAGUCUUCUCCGAAAAGAGGAACACCUCAGAGGAGAUAGAGAACAGGAUCGAGGCUGACCAUCCAGUGCCGGCCCCAGCCAAUGCGGGGGAGGAGAGUGAGGAGGACCAGCAGUUCCGGAGCCUCUUUCAGCAGAUAGCCGGGGAUGAAAUGGAAAUAACCGCCAACGAGCUGAAGAAUGUCCUCAACAGCAUCGUCUCCAAACAUAAGGACCUGAACACAGAGGGUUUUAGCCUGGAGUGCUGCAGGAGCAUGAUCUCUCUCAUGGACAUGGACGGGACGGGCAGACUCAACCUGCAGGAGUUCAGACAUCUCUGGAACAAGGUCAAACAGUGGCAGGGAAUUUUCCAACACUACAACUCGGACCAGGCUAGUAGCAUCAACAGCUACGAAAUGAGAAAUGCUGUCAACGAUGCAGGCUUCCGUCUCAACAACCAGCUCUAUGACAUCAUCACCAUGCGUUACGCCGACGAGAGCAUGAACAUCGACUUUGACAGCUUCAUCAGCUGUCUGGUCCGGCUCGAAGCCAUGUUCAGGGCGUUCCAGGCCUUCGACCAGGAUGGAGACGGUACGAUCAGACUCAGUGUCUUGGAGUGGCUCCAGCUGACCAUGUAUGCCUAGAUUUCCAGAAAGGUGUUCUCAGCCAAUCGACCACUCAGGUGACACACACCCAACGUGAAGAACAGAGGCGAACUACCAGCAUUUACCUCAGUCGUGACAGUGCCAGACCGUAGCGCUAACCCUGCCAGUACCACAUCCACCACCUUCGUCCUGUUCACCUCACGUCAUCCCCCAGUCCUCACAAUAGACUGCUACUCUUACCAGUCCAUACUACUUACAACUCCAUCACAUCCUUCUCCAUCUCUGUCUCCCUCUAACCUUCUCCUUCCCCAUCUCUCUCUCGCUCGCCCUCUAACCUUCCCCAUCUCUCUCUCUCUCUCUCUCCCUCUAACCUUCCCCAUCUCUCUCUCCCUCUAACCUUCUCCUUCCCCAUCUCUCUCUCUCUCUCGCCCUCUAACCUUCCCCAUCUCUCUCUCUCUCUCCCUCUAACCUUCCCCAUCUCUCUCUCCCUCUAACCUUCUCCUUCCCCAUCUCACUCUCUCUCUAACCUUCUCCUUCCCCAUCUCUCUCUCUGUCUCUCUCUAACCUUCUCCUUCCCCAUCUCUCUCUCUCCCUCUAACCUUAUCCAUCUCUCUCUCCCUCUAACCUCUCCUUCCCCAUCUCCCUCUCCCUCUAACCUUCUCCAUCUCUCUCUCCCUCUAACCUCUCCUUCCCCAUCUCCCUCUAACCUUCUCCAUCUCUCUCUCCCUCUAACCUUCUCCUUCCCUCCUUCUCUCUCUCCCUCUAACCUUCUCCUUCCCCCUUUCUCUCCCUCUAACCUUCUCCUUCCCUCUCUCUCUCCCUCUAACGUUCUCCUUCUCCUUCUCUCUCUCCCUCGAACCUUCUCCUUCCCUCUUUCUCUCCCUCGAACCUUCUCCUUCCCUCUUUCUCUCCCUCUAACCUUCCCCUUCCCUCCUUCUCUCUCUCCCUCUAACCUUCUCCUUCCCUCUUUCUCUCCCUCUAACCUUCUCCUUCCCUCUUUCUCUCCCUCUAACCUUCUCCUUCCCUCUUUCUCUCCCUCUAACCUUCUCCUUCCCUCCUUCUCUCUCUCCCUCUAACCUUCUCCUUCCCUCUCUCUCUCCCUCUAACGUUCUCCUUCUCUCUCUCCCUCUAACCUUCUCCUUCCCUCUUUCUCUCCCUCUAACCUUCUCCUUCCCUCUUUCUCUCCCUCUAACCUUCUCCUUCCCUCCUUCUCUCUCUCCCUCUAACCUUCUCCUUCCCUCUUUCUCUCCCUCUAACCUUCUCCUUCCCUCUCUCUCUCCCUCUAACCUUCUCCUUCCCUCUUUCUCUCCCUCUAACCUUCUCCUUCCCUCUCUCUCUCCCUCUAACCUUCUCCUUCCCUCUCUCUCUCCCUCUAACCUUCUCCUUCCCUCUCUCUCUGCCUCUAACCUUCUCCUUCCCUCUCUCUCUCCCUCUAACCUUCUCCUUCCCUCUUUCUCUCCCUCUAACCUUCUCCUUCCCUCUUUCUCUCCCUCUAACCUUCUCCUUCUCUCUCUGCCUCUAACCUUCUCCUUCCCUCUUUCUCUAGGUCUCCGGUUUCUCUCGUUUCCUCUCCUAAUCAUGUCCAUUUCCCAGUAUUGGUGAAAUGUCAGUCUCCUCUGAAUCAGCAUUUUUUGUAUUUUUUAUUUCCCCCUCCCCCCCCUCCUCACCACAUGUACAAGUCUUUCUCUCAGGCAUCCAACACACACAACCUCUCUUUUUCUGUCAUGAUACCUCACAGAGCCGCUUCUUCAUGAUCCAUCAAAUAUCCAUCUUUUCAAAUAUUCACUGUUUCAUUCCUCUGGGAACAUCUGCGCCUGGCGUUCAAAGCCUUUUGCCUGCUGGCUAAUCCAACCCUCCCCUAUAAUACCUACUGUCAUAUGUUUCCCACCCGAUAUCAACCCUACCCAGUGUGAUGCUCUGCCAAGCCUCUUCUCCACAUCGCUCCAGUGAAGACCACAGUUCUCUAAUGGACAACGGAGGGACUGGAGACGUUUUGGAAAAGGACCAGUGUGAUGCUCUGCCAAGCCUCUUCUCCACAUCACUCCAGUGAAGACCACAGUUCUCUAAUGGACAACGGAGGGACUGGAGACGUGUUGGAAAAGGACCAGUGCUUCUUUCCUUCAGUUUCAGGCUUCCUGACCCAGAACCAGCCAGUCGGUCCGUGGGAACCAGAAUAAUCCCCCUAUCAGGUUCUGAAACACUGAUACACAGAUUUGACAGAAAAGUGUCUGUAGAAUCUGUCAGUCCUACCAAUGGACCAAUGAGACUGACAUAGAACAGACAGAACCGGCUAAGAACACUACUCCUCCUCCUUACCCUCCGGUGUACAACCAGGACCAUGUAGAAGCCUACUUAGCUCCUCCUCAACCUGCGUUGUACGACCAGGACCAGGCAGAAGCCUCCCUAGUUUCUCCUCCUCCUCCUCCUCCUCCUCCUCCGCUGUACGACCAGGACCAGGCAGAAGCCUCCCUAGUUCCUCCUCCUCCUCCUCCUCCGCUGUACGACCAAGACCAGGCAGAAGCCUCCCUAGUUCCUCCUCCUCCUCCUCCUCCUCCUCCUCCGUACGACCAGGACCAGGCAGAAGCCUCCCUAGUUCCUCCUCCUCCUCCUCCGCUGUACGACCAAGACCAGGCAGAAGCCUCCCUAGUUUCUCCUCCUCCUCCUCCUCCUCCUCCUCCGUACGACCAGGACCAGGCAGAAGCCUCCCUAGUUCCUCCUCCUCCUCCUCCGCUGUACGACCAAGACCAGGCAGAAGCCUCCCUAGUUCCUCCUCCUCCUCCUCCUCCUCCUCCGUACGACCAGGACCAGGCAGAAGCCUCCCUAGUUCCUCCUCCUCCCCCUCCUCCUCCGCUGUACGACCAGGACCAGGUUGAAGCCUCCCUAGUUUCUCCUCCUCCUCCUCCUCCUCCUCCUCCUCCUCCGUACGACCAGGACCAGGCAGAAGCCUCCCUAGUUCCUCCUCCUCCUCCUCCUCCUCCGCUGAACGACCAGGACCAGGCUGAAGCCUCCCUAGCCUGGUGAAGAGCUCCCUACAGGGUGGGUUCAACGUAUAAAGACGUGAAUAUGACUAUGGGUUGGACUGUUUUUUUUUUUGUGGUUUCAUACUAAAGCUUCGGUCAAAUGAGUGUAAUGCAUUUUUAAACAUCUUAACCCAAUAAAUAAUGGUGUAGUUA